CAUUAACACCUGGUUCGGCGCAUGUUACGGCUCGUGUAAUUUUGAUGUGGGAAAGUUUAUCUAUACUGUUCCCUGUUGUAAUGACAGGAAAUACACGAACAGGACGGCAGCAUGACUUUCAGUGAAAAUGAUGGCGAAUUAAUUCAUCUUGUUAAGACAAAGUCUGAAGCUAAGUGUGAAUCGAAAGAUGAGAAGAAACUCGAUUCGUGUGUGUGUCGUUCGAGGAUGCAGAAGCGACAUAUCCUGGCUAUCUGGGCUUUCUUUGGUAUCGGCACUAUGUACGCUAUGCGAGUCGGUCUCAGUGUGGCCCUAGUGGCCAUGGUGAAUAACACAGCCUCGACAAAGAAUGAAUCGCAAAACAACGAAUGCAUUGGACCCAAUUAUACGACAAAACAAGAUGUGGGCCAGUCAGGAGAAUUUUCCUGGAACGAGAAGACUCAAGGCUGGGUUCUUGGCGCCUUCUUCUAUGGCUACAUCAUCACACAGAUCCCAGGUGGAUAUCUGGCCACGAGAUUUGGCGCCAAACGUCUUCUCGCCGUUGGACUUUUCUGUACCUCCACCAUGACGAUGCUCAUACCAAUGGCGGGAAGACUUCACGUCGGUGUUCUGAUAGUGCUAAGGGUUGUCGGUGGACUGGGAGAGGGAGUAACAUUUCCGGGCAUGUAUGUCUUAUGGGGCAACUGGGCCCCUACGUUGGAACGCAGUCAAUUAACUGGAUUUGUCAUUGCGGGAUCUUCAUUUGGGAUAGUAUUCGGAAUGCCAAUAUCAGGAAUCCUCUGCGAUUCCAGAUUGCUUGGAGGAUGGCCCUCUGUGUUCUAUGUGUUUGGUGGCCUGGGUUUACUGUGGUUUGUGUUUUGGAUGUGGAUAAUUCACGAGACACCAGCCGACCACCCAACAAUAACAAAGGCAGAACGGCAGUAUAUUGAGGAGUCCAUUGGUGAAAAAGAGUACUUGCCUACUCCGUGGAAGAAGAUACUAACAUGUCCAGCCUUGUGGGGUAUCGCCGCCGCCCAUUUUGCAGAAAACUGGUUAUUAUACAUGAUCUUGACCAGCCUUCCGACCUACAUGAAGAACAUACUCAAGUUUGACAUGAAGUCGAUUGGAUUUCUAUCUGGGAUGCCGUACCUGUUGUCGUGGUUUAUACAAAUGGUUUCAAGUUAUUUUGCUGACUACUUGCGAGCAAACCACUAUCUAUCAACUCAAAGGACAAGACAGCUAUUCACCACAGCAGGUUUUCUAAUACCGGCAGUCCUUAUUGUUGGUGUCGGCUACACUGGCUGUGACCAUACUCUUGCAGUUGUUCUGUUAGCACUGACGUUGGGUACUUCCGCGUUGACCACACCAGGAUACGUCGUCAACCCUCUUGAUAUUGCACCGAAAUUUGCAGGAAUUCUGCUUGGAAUCACUAAUACCGUGGCAACUAUUCCAGGAUUUGUGGCGCCUAUUGUUGUUGGGGUGCUUACCAAUCACAAUGAAACAAGUGGCCAAUGGCGGAUCAUCUUUUUCAUAUCUGCAGGAAUCAUACUACUCGGAGCUGCUAUUUUCGCACUUCUCGCCCGUGGUGAGGAGAUGCCGUGGUCUCGAAAAAACUCUGAGACGGAUAUUAUUAUAGAACCAUGAUACAUCAAAGGGGCUGAUUAUUCACUUGCGCAUGAGAAAGAGCACCAAUAAUUGUUGCACUUUUCCAGAAAAAAUGUCUUAGACAUCAAAUGCCCCAUGUCAUGGACAUAAUUCUGUCCAGGUACAUAUAGCAAGUUCGUGUCAAUUACAUGGUGAAUUGACUGCACUAUGUUGUGAUUUUCGUUUUAAAUAUAUUUCGCAGCAUUGUUGUAGAUCUUGCAUAAGUGUGAUGAAGUAUUAUGUGAAAUGGUUUGACAUGCAAUUAUGAUUUAUUAUGGUGUAAUCUAGACAUGAUCACUCAUAAAGGAUUUUAUUAUCAGCACAUCAAAUAAAUUGUAAAUAUUGAAACAUAAGCGUACCAGAUAUAUAUUCAUCAAUUCAA